AUGGUUCCACAACCCGUCCCAACUCUUUUGUCUGCAACUUUUCUCUUUCUUAUCCCCUUUUUCCCUUGCCGGAGCCUGCUCAUUGAGACAGUGAGUGUCCUUGAGAACAGUGAAUUGGGAACCGUUGUCUACGACCUCAGAGAGAGCCUUCUUCGCAUACUUGAUUCCGAUCAAUUGGCUAAUGUGACGGCCUACGCAGGACAACAAGACCUAUUUUGGCCGUUUGCCCUCAAAGACCUCCGAAUCGUAGUUGCUCGACCCCUCGACCGCGAGGCUAUCUGCGAAAAACAAAAAACUCUCGGCUACCGUCUAAGCGGACCGUUUGGGGGUUGCCUGGUCUUUCACUGUUGUCAGCUCCUACAUGUCAACGUCGUCAUGAGUCCCACGAGUCUCACACAAGUCUUUUUCAUUCGCGUGGCUGUUCAAGAUGUUAAUGACAAUGCACCUACCUUUCCCCAUGUGGAGUCGCCCUUUAUCACAAUUUCCGAGGACAUGCCAGUGGGAGAGAAAAUUCUUCUUCCCAAGGCUGUUGACAUCGAUAGCCAGCCCUUCGGUGUUGCGGAUUACAGGAUAGCCCGAUGGGUUCAAGGAAACGCAUCUCACUUUCAGCUGAAUAUGCUAACGGACAAAGAAGACGACGAAGACGGGAACUUAAAUCCCGUUUCAGAAUAUGCGCAAACCCGACGGCCCUAUUUAGAUAUUGUUCAUUCGCUAGACCGGGAAACUGAUGAAGUAUACGAAUUCGUACUGGAGGCGAUAGAUGGAGGUCAGGGGGAUGGAGGAGCGCCGUUUACAGGGACAGUGAACAUACUUAUUCGAGUGCGAGAUGUCAACGACAACGCACCGGAAUUCGAUAAGCUCGUGUACGAUGCGGUGGUGCAGGAGAAUACGCUUCCACAAAAAGUCAUCAGGUUUAAGAUUUCUGAUUUUGAUGCAGGAGAGAAUGGACGAAUAUUCAUUAACAUUGUUGACCCAACUCACAAGGCCAACAAUUUAUUCCGUGUUUCUCUCCAAAACACCAUUCCGCCCCCCGAAAUAAUGAACAAAUAUGCCUCGUCAAGGUCUCCCCCUGGAUCUCACUACAUUGGAUCACUCCAUCUUCUUGAAUACCUGGAUGCUGAGCAACUUCCACCAAGACUUAGAUUUCAUUUAAUCGCCUCAGACAACGGUCAACCUGCACUGACUUCUAGGGCGGAAGUGAAUAUUGAUAUUAUCAACGUUAACGACCAAGCUCCAAACAUUGUCUUUCUUCGAGAAGGAAAACGUCUUACCACGAGUCGACUGGUUCUUCCCGAGGUAAUCACUGCCCCCGAAUCUAUCGUCGCGGAGGUUCAUGUGACAGAUUCGGACUCCAAUUUGGGACAUCUGACGUGUCGCAUCACCUCGGGAGGGGACGCCUUCCGGCUGACGGAAGUAAAUCCGUUUGCGGGAAGCAACUCUGGAACGGUUACAGCAUUGCUCAACUUUGACCAAUCCACAUCCCCCUUCGUUUUCUCGUCCUACCGACAAUUCACUUUAAGGACUAAAGUUAAUCUGGAUAGGGAAUCGAAAGCUGUCUAUGUGGUCACUAUCAUGUGCACAGACAACGAAUCAGUCAACCCGUUCUCCCGCAACUCAAGCCUUCACAUCAGUAUUAGCGAUAUCAACGACCAGACACCCAAAUUCGAAUACUCAGUUUACACAGGCCACGUAAAGGAAAACGAGGCGAACGCUCCCGUGACGCAUCUUUCGCCCUCUCCGACGAUUCACGUAACCGACAACGACGUCGGACGGAACGCUCUCAUAACAUUUUCGCUGAAAGAGGCUCCGGUGGAAGGCAAAAACGAUCCAAACAAAAGCAGCAUUGGCGUAUCAGACGCGAGUCGAUUCCGCAUAGAUCCAAGGUCUGGACGACUCUGGACUGUGCCCGCGCUGGAUGCAGAUGACAUAUCAGAGUCACAUAAGUAUGUCUUCUACGUGGUUGCCACGGAUGAUGGAGUGCCAGAAAGAAGAUCUAGUUCUGCGCUGGUUCAUAUUAUCGUCGAUGACUGCAACGAUAAUCCGCCUGCAUUUGAACACUAUCAUUACAACUUCGAGGUGAAGGAAAAUGCACCGGCUGGGACCUCAAUCGGUAGAGUAUCCGUUAGUGAUGCUGAUAAAACCGAAGCUAAUCGGAAGGUGCGUUUUUCUUUACGCGGUCGCCUAGAGGACCUCUUUCUUGUUGACAUCAACCGGGCCAGUGGGGAAUUGACCACGCGUCGCCCCAUCGAUUAUGAAAAGCAAUCCUCAAUUUCUCUCACUGUCGUUGCUGAGAACGAGGUGCCUCUAGUGGCUGAUGCUGUGGGUCGUCCAUCCAGAGCUGACAUCAGCCAAGCUGAGGCGAGCGUCGUCAUCUCUGUUAUCAAUGUUAAUGACAAUCGCCCGGAGUUCGUGCCCGUAUCUCCUCAUCGCAAGCACAUUGUCUUCGUAUGGGAACAACUUCCAGUCGUGGGAGUCAAUCAAACCUUAGACCGUCGGAAGUUUUGUGAAUCUAUUCCCUACAAAGUCAUCGACAAGGACUGCGACCCAGCAAGCCAGGAACUUUGCUGCACUCUGGAGUUAGAGGACACAUUCGAUGGAAUGUUUGGUUUGUUGGAGGAAAUCCCAAAUGUGGUGUGUGUCUUGAAACGGCCAACACACCCUCAGAGCUACAAGGUGAUGUUGAAAGCCCGUGACGGGAAAGGAGACGACAGCCUGUCAUCCCAAAUGCAACUUUCCGUAAUAAUCAAGAACGAACGUGACCUUGACAUGUACUCCCUAAAGGGAUCUCCUGAUUCUUUCCCAGUGGGACUAAAAACGAGUUCAGGUGAAUCAAGUGAGGCUGGAUUUCCCAUUAGAGGAGAGGAUAGGAAGACCUUGGGAGCAGACCGCAAGGAGCAAACUGUCGAAUCCCAGCAACAACAGGAUUCCCAAGUGCCGCCCAGCAAUGUGAAACUAAAAUCCGCAGGCACACCACCAUCACCUCACCAGAUGAAAAUGGUCUCGGUCCUUGUCUCCAUUGCCGGCAUCUUCUGUGUCCUUCUCUUGCUCAUUAUCACCGCUCUUAAAUGUGGCCUACUUGAUCAUCAGUGUAAGUGUAAAACGCCCUGCCAACAUCCCAAGCGUUUAAUGCACCCGGAUAUCUAUCACAUCGCGUGUCUGAUGGCUCGACGCGUGGACUGGUGUCACGUGACUGACUGUGAUUUGCACGUGGUCCACCACUGUCUGGGCGCUGGAGUUCCCAAGGGCGAUUUCCCCGUAACAAAGACCCCUCCAAACGCGCAAUCUGCAGCAGAAGGAGAAGAACUGACAGCUAUUCCUCAAAAGCACGAAGUGAUAGCAAUGAUGCCUUCGGGUGGUUCAUGCAGUGAAGAAUAUCGUACGCUGCAUGAAUUGUUUCCCGAGAACGCCUUCUUUAUGGACCAGAAGAGGCCCUCAGCUGGAGCACAAAAUCGAAUGGAGCGCGAUGGUACUUAUGGCAUUUCUGUAUCAAUGAACGCACCCUUGAAAUUCACGACCAACAGCGGCCCCGGUUACCCGGGCAGCGUCAUGGCUGGUCCCAUUUUUACUGGUUCCUACCAAACCAUUCCUACUCCCCCGAAACUCGGACAUCCUUGCAAGUCUGUAACAAAACCGCUGUCAGUUUCAACCUUCCGACCCCCGGAUCAAGUGAAUCUCGGAUUAACAAAUCGUAUACCACCAAAAUCUGUUGCGUAUCUGUUGCCAGAUGGGCAAGUAAUGGCAGUCGACGGUACCGAAUUUUACAGCUUCUCCGAUGCUUAUCAGCCACUGGAUUCUACUACGUUUUCUAAGGGCACAAAGAAAAAAGAUGGUGCUCUUUCGGCUGAAGGCACCAAGGUUACAUUUGCGCUUGACGAGCCUCCUGCCAGUCGACCUGACGAAGCGACGGGUGGUGGUGAUGGAUUCGGAAGACUACUCAAAAAUGAUAUUCACUGUAAACAAGGUAGUGGUAUCGCAGAUGAAGUUCAGGAAAAAAGUGUUGUCGAUGGUGGUCAUAAUUUAAUUCUCUACGGCAAAUCAACUAACCAUUCGAGUUUUGUGUAA